UUAUUAUUAUAUAAUGGAAAUAGGGUGAAACAAAAUUUUGAAAUUUGAGGAAAUUGUUGAUACUUUAUUUUUCUUCUAAAUAACCAUGAGGUCAAUUAUUUCCAUUUACGUAGUUUUGAUGGUCUUAUGUCUUUGCACAUCAAAUGAAAUAUUUGGAGUUUGUAGAAAUAUGGAGGAUGAAAGAAACUUGUCAGCAAGAAAGUGUGUUGCAGUGGACUUAUUUUAUAGUAGCCCAGCAAAAGGGAACGAGGAGCUGGACAUAGUGGGGCUUAUUCUAGCUAGAGGCGGAAGCAAAGGGAUUCCAGGCAAAAAUCUGGAAAAAAUACAAAAUCAAACACUGUUGCACAGAACACUUGAAAUCAUGCAGAGAUUUGGAAGGUUUUCGUCAGUUUGGGUGUCAACAGAUGACCGGAAGAUUGCAGAGGAGGCUCAGAGCCGUGGAGCGUACGUUCACUCUCAAGAGUUCUGCUCUUUCCACUCAGGAUUUCAAUUCUUGGCUCUAGUGCAGUGCACGUCGCCUUUCCUGAGAGUCAAGUUCCUUGAGCAGGCAUACCAGUUGAUGGUGUCUCGAUGCUAUGACUCUGUGUUCUCAGUCACACGAGAGUUCAAGCUACGCUGGAUGGACGAUGGUGGUGAGGUGCGCCCCGUGAACUUUGACCCCGGGAAGCGGCCCAGGCGUCAGGAUUGGCGAGGGGAGCUGGUGGAGAACGGCAUGUUUUACUUCGUGCGUGCGGAGCUGGUCGGCCAAGGACUCUUGCAAGGGGGAAGGUCUGGAAUCGUCGAGGUUCCAAAGAGCCAUAGUUUGGAAGUGGACACGCAGUUUGAUUUGAGGCUGGCAAGGGUGCUGAGCAAAAUGUUGCCACACCUGUGAUAUUCGCAUGUGCAUUAAUAAUACUUUAUCUGUAUCUCUCAGCUGAACCACAUACAUGUAGUUUCAGUCCAUGUAAACUAAGCCAUAAACAUUCUAUCUUUAGGGUUACUCAUUCAAAUCAUUGCACACCAUCGCCAUGAUAAAUAUAUGAUGAACUAAAUAUUUCUGUAGAACAUGCAUUUUCGAACGAGGACUGGGCAUGCACAGAAUCAGAUCUAGACUUUGCCAAAGAAUUUAUAUGCAGGAUGUUUGCAGGUCAUGAAAGUUGCCAAAAAAAAAAACUCAAGGACAAGUCAUCAAAGUUACAAAAACGUCGUGAAGUAAACUGUAACGGUUUUGGAAAGUCAUGAUAACUUGAGUGUACACCAGUAUUUUGCUAACUUGAAUUUGGUUUCUUUGUGCCUGACUUCAGUUUAUAGUUGCACAUUCAAUAUAAAUAGUUAGAGACUGUCUGCUUAAACCACGUGGAAAUUAUUUUAUCUUUCCAACCUAUAAAUCAACUCGUUCCUGUGAAUAGUAUGUUUAUUUCAUUUUAUGUUUAAUUUUGCUUUUUAUAUAUAAAUAAAUGAUGCUGUGAUAUAACAAUGUUA